AUGAAUAAUGUCAUAAAUCUUUCGGGUGCUUUGGAAGAACUGAUGGAGGAAAACGAAAAAAUUAUCGGCUCGGGAUUCGGCGAUAAAAAUGGACUCACCAUCUUUCGAAAAGGAGAUAUCACACAGGAUGAUAUCGCUGACGGUGUGAGCAGGUGCGUGGAGAAAGCUCUGGCGGAGGGUAGAUACUCGGAAGAAUCGUAUUUUGAGCACAAGGAAACUGGAGAAUCGCCUGCAACAGAAUUUAUCACGGUCUCAGGUUACAAACAGAAAAAUCUUCAACUAAUUGCCACAAGUGUUGUCAAGGAACUUUACCUAGUUCAGAUUGUUCAGUCCUAA